AUAUAUCAUUUCAAAUUAGCGCACAACAGCCCGCUUUUAUUGAGACAACUUAGCGAUCGCAGCGCCUCACUUAUUUUGUCCGUAUUUCGGGGACACUAUUUUCUACAGCGAUCGUUCUCCUUCUCUCUAACCUCCAUGGGACAGUGUGAAACUUAACAAGAUGGCGGUGUUAGUUCCGGUUUUGGCCAUGCGCCAAAAGAUUCUUGUCGCACGCACUGUACAUGAAUCAUGAAGUCAAUCAAAAUUAUUUCAUGCACUGUAUGAUUGUUGUUGAUCAUUGUUCGUGUUCAUCGUGUUAUUUUUCGGAACCCUAAAAACUUGGGAAAACUGGCGUUGUUUUUAUUUGGCAACCUAGAAAUAUGAAAGAAACGUACAUCAUUUUGCUUUGUGUAAACAAUUCGAUUAAAUGUAACGAAUAUAACUUUGUUAAAAAAUGAGAUGAUAAUCUACUUUUCUAAUAAAAAAUGAAUAUACUUCCUAAGAAAAGGUGGCAUGUGAGAACAAAAGAAAAUAUAGCACGAGUGAGAAAAGAUGAAGCAGAAGCAGCAGAAAAGGAACGGCAGGAGAAGAUUCGAAUCGACAGAGCGGAACGUGAAGCUCGUUUGAACACACUAAAACAUAAAAGCAAACAGAAGUUGAUAGAUCUAGAUCUUCAGCCACAAACUUCAGAAAGAGUUUCUAAGGACCCAGAACAUGUUAAUUUUUUCUCAGACCUUGAACAUGCUGUUCAGUCUACCAACAAAGAACAUGAUAAAGAAUUCAAAGACAAGAAAGAAGAGUAUGAGAAAAAAAUUGGUUAUUUAACAUAUUUAGGACAAGACACUAAUGAAGCCCUUGGUAAGAAAAAUUGGUAUGAGGUUCCUCCAGAUGCAGCACGAUUUUCACGUCCCGGAGAUGUUAAAGAUACUUAUGAAAAGCUUAUCUUAAGAGAUGAAGAUGGAAAACCAAAAGAAAAAACAUUGGAUAUAAAAGAUAAUGAAAUUGCUUGGAAAGCAAAACAACGAUUAGAUCCUUUGAAUACAUUUAAACAUUAUUGUAAUAAGUCUAAAAUAGAAAAGGAUGUUAAAUUAAAGCAAGAGGAUUAUGUAAAAGUUACAGCAGAUAUAAAAAAGAGACAUAAAAAUAAAUCAAAACACAAAGAUGGUGAUCAAUCUAAAGACAAUCUCAAGAAAUUAAGAGAAGCAAGAUUGAAGAGGGAACAACAAGAGAAGUAUAAAACUGAAAUGUUCUUAUCUAAACUUAGUGGUUUGGCAGCACCUGAAAGUUCUAAACAAGAUAACCCUAAAAAAAUCCAGCCCAAAUACAAUUCACAGUUCAAUCCUGAACUUGCAAGACAAAAUUAUAGGUAAAUUAAUAUGUUAAAAACAUUUCUACCUUUUGAGGUUCACACUAUUUAUUAUUAUUGGACAAUCAUUCACUGGGCAAAAUUGAAAAACUAAAUGGCUUAAUGAAUAACCAUAGCAAUCAAAUUUUUAAGUAUAUAUUAUUUCAAAUAUAAAGCAACAGGUGACUGAUUGACUGAUCUAUCAAAGCAUAGCUCAAAGGAGUGGACUGCUCAGGCUGCUAGCUAUUAUGAUAUAGACAUAUGCUAAGAAAGGAUUAAAGGAUUAGGAUUGAAAUCAACUUUACAAUAUUGAUUAGAAAUUUGUGUAGGAAGUCCUGGGCAUAGUCUAUACAUAUAAUAAAAUUGUAGAAAAGUGGUGUCUGUACAAUGGAAAUAUAUAAAAAAAAGUAGCAGGGGUUGUUAUUAUAUCGAUGCCAAACCCGAAAUUGUAAUUAAU